AUGUUUAACACCAAAACUGUAAUGUUACAAUUCACUCUCUUAAUAUUAAUAUUAAAACAAGCAAAGACUGUAGAAGAAGGAUAUCUUGGACAUGUAAAAGAUGCUUGUUAUGUCAAAGGAGAAGCACUUUCUUGUAUGAAAUAUAAAGCAUUAAAAAUAGCAACGAACACAUUCUUCGGUGACAUAUACUCAAAUGAAACUAUCAGAGCGAGUAGAAUGAUUAGUUUUGUACCACUAGAUGAAGAAACGAUUAAAGAAGUGAUAAAGAACGAAGAAGAAGAAGCCCUGGCGGAACCUAGAAGCUUAAUGUCGGAAUGGUCGGAGUUUACUAAAUACUUGAUGAAAUUAGUAAAGGAAUUCUUUAAGACUAAAGGAUUGAAAGUUGAUCUUCCAGAAGGUGCUAGAACUAUCGAGGAAACAGAUGACGAUGCGCGAGGUAAAAAGAAGAAGCUAGCAGUAAUGGUACCUCUGCUCAAUCUCCUAGCAACGUUGAAGACCAAGAUGCUGCUUAUACCAAUUCUAUUAGCGGUGCUGUUAAUAAAGAAACUGCUUUUAGUUGCAGCGCUAUUAGUUCCGAGUCUGCUUAGUACACUAAAAUCUUGCAAGCAUCAUCACCCCAUGACACACUACUCGUCUUACUUCGACGGUGGUUCAUCAGAUUUCAACACAGACUAUGGGAGUAGCUACGCGUAUUCAUCUGGCGGUGGUUACGGCAAAGAUUAUGCAUCUAACAGAGCGUAUUUGUUGCCUAAACAUAGACCAACUCCAGCGCCUAUGUAUAUCACUGCACCUGGAACUACCGCAUAACAUUCUUUGAAAUAUUU